UUCUGUUCUGUGCAGUCGAACCAGUCGGUAUCUAAACUAAAUUUCUAUUCUUUACAUUUUUAAAAUGACAAGCGAAGAGGGUAACGACGAUGCCCAACUUAAGGCAACUUUAAUGAACUGCAAUUUGAACCCCAAUGACGCGGAUGACUUUGCUGAGUUCGAGGCAACUCUUGCGAAGAUCAAUACUAUACUGCAGAGCAAGGGACCCUGUGAAGAUGAUUCAAAGGCAGGUGGCGAUGCCAAGGAGAAAAUCAACUUCGACAAGCUGGACGUGGACAAUGUGCGUCUUAAAGUGAAAGAAAAUCGCACAGUGAUCAAUAAGAAGUCCCUGGGUGAAGAGGAUGUGAAGGAGGCCAAGGAGAUGAACCAGCAGAGUUUCAUGCAGCAGGUGGAGAAAGAUGCCAAUGAUCGUGCAGAGGCACGUGCCAAAGCCGAAUACGAGGCUGAACUACAGAGAAGUCAGGGAAACGAAGCUUUUCGCAGUCAAAAGUACGAGAAGGCAAUUCUACAUUACGACAAGGCUAUCCUUAAAAUCAAAGACAGCGCUAUUACAUAUUGCAAUCGCGCCUUGUGCUACAUCAAGCUACAGAGCUACAAGCGCGCCCUCAAGGACUGCCAGUAUGUGCUGGAGAAGCUGCAGGAGACACAUCUCCGCGCCUGGCUCUACCAGGCCCAUGCCUACAAGGGCUUGAAACAAGACGACAAGUUCGAGGAAAGCGUGGCCAAGGCACGCGAACACAAUCCCAAGCAAGUGGCCUACAUCGACAAGUACAUUAAGCAACUGGAGGCCGAGGUUUAAAG